AGUAUUUGUCAAUGUAACUGAUAGAGAAGAAGAGUUCAUUCGGGAAGCUGUCUGUUUUUACUAACGAGAAUUGGACUGUCAAACGUUUCUGUCACAAUAUAUAUCAAGAGCUCAUGAGAAGGAGAUGAGUGUCCCAGACUACAUGCAGUGUGCUGAGGACCAUCAGACGGUCCUGGUGGUGGUCCAACCUGUGGGCAUCGUCCCUGAAGACCAGUUCUUCAGGAUCUACAAACGCAUUGCCUCUGUGGCCCAGGUGUCCAUCCGGGACUCCCAGCGGAACCUCUAUAUCCGUUACCGCCACCACUACCUUCCUGAGAACAACGAGUGGGGAGACUUCCAGACACACCGCAAGGUGGUGGGCCUCAUCUCCGUGACRACCUGUGGUUCGGCUAAAGAGUGGCCCCAGACAUUGGACCGUUUCCACAGCCAGAAGGAGGUGUUUGGAGCCACGCUGUACGACUCACGGCUCCUGGUGUUCGGGCUGCAGGGGGAGAUAGCAGAGCAGCAGAGGACGGAUGUGGCCUUCUACUCUAGCUAUGAUGACUGUCCCAAUGUGGAGAAAAGGGUGGAGGACUUUGUGGAGUCCAUCUUCAUUGUGCUGGAGUCCAAGAGGCUGGAUAGAGCCACGGACAAGUCUGGGGAUAAGAUACCACUGCUCUGUGUUCCCUUUGAGAAGAAAGACUUUGUGGGGCUGGACACUGAUAGCAGGCACUAUAAGAAGCGUUGCCAGGGCCGUAUGAGGAAGCACGUUGGGGACCUAUGUUUGCAGGCAGGCAUGUUGCAGGAUGCCCUGGUCCACUAUCACAUGGCUGUGGAGCUGCUCCGCUCCGUCAAUGACUUCCUGUGGCUGGGGGCUGCGUUAGAGGGCCUGUGUUCAGCCUCUGUUAUCUUCCACUACCCUGGAGGAACAGCAGGGAAGGCUGUCGGACGCAAACCCAGCCUGGCACAGGGCCAGGGACAGGCAGCCGACGCAGGGAAGAGACAUCGGCCAGGGGCACAGGAGGUACUCAUUGACCCAGGUGCCCUCACAGCCAAUGGGAUCAGUGCAGACACCAGCAGUGAGAUUGGUCGGGCCAAGAACUGCCUGGGCCCUGAGGACAUCAUAGAGAAAUACAAGGAGGCCAUCUCCUACUAUGGCAAGUAUAAGAAUGCAGGCGUGAUAGAGUUGGAGGCGUGUGUGAAGGCAGUCAGGGUGCUAGCCAUUCAGAAGAGGGCCAUGGAGGCCUCAGAGUUCCUCCAGAAUGCUGUCUACAUCAACCUGGGACAGCUGUCAGAGGAAGAGAAGAUCCAGCGUUACAGCAUCCUCUCUGAGCUCUACCACCUGAUUGGUUUCCACCGUAAAUCAGCCUUCUUCAAGCGGGUAGCAGCCAUGCAGUGUGUGGCCCCCACCAUCCCAGAGCCUGGCUGGAGGGCCUGCUACAAGCUGCUGCUGGAGACCCUGGCCUGAUACGGCCUCUCCCUCGACCCCAAAGACUUCAGCAAAGGUACCCACCGUGGCUGGGCAGCAGUACAGAUGCGUCUGCUCCAUGAGCUGGUGUACGCGUCCCGUCGUAUGGGAAACCCCGGGCUGUCCGUCCGCCACCUCUCCUUUCUGCUUCAGACCAUGCUGGACUUCCUCUCGGACCAAGAGAAGAAGGAGGUGACUCAGAGUCUAGAGAACUACACGUCCAAAUGUCCAGGGGGAAUGGAGGUUCUCACCCUGCCUGAUGGACUCAAACUGCCCCCUGUAGCCUUCACCAAGCUACCCAUCAUCAGAUCAGUGAAACUGCUGGAUCUGCCCGUCAGCCUGCGCCCCCACAAACAGAAAGGCCUCCUGGAAAACAACAUGUCCACCAAGAGUCCCUUCAUCUACUCUCCCAUCAUCAUGCACACCAGAGGAGAGGAGCGCAACAAGAAGAUAGAGUUCCAGUGGGUCCAGGGAGAAGUGUGUGAGGUCCAGCUGAUGGUCUACAACCCCAUGCCCUUUGAACUCCGUGUGGAGCACAUGGGUUUGCUGACAUCGGGCGUUGAGUUUGAGGCCCUGCCUGCUGCCCUGUCCCUGCCUGCUGAGUCCGGGCUCUACCCAGUCACCCUGGUGGGGGUCCCACGCACCGCAGGCAACAUCACCGUCAACGGCUACCACACGUCAGUGUUUGGUGUGACCAGUGACUGUCUCCUGGAGGGUCUACCCAGUGUGUUGACCAGUGGCUGUAUGGUGGAGGUCAUUCCAUCAUUACCCCGUCUCCAGCUCAGCACCUCUCUACCACGGUCGGCCCAUCCCCUUCAGCCCUCUAAAGAGGAGUUGUCCAGCAGUGUGUCUGUCCAGCUGUUUAACGGAGAGACCCAGCAUCUGACCAUCACUCUGGAGAACAUUGGCUCUGAAGACCUGGAGACGCUGGAGGUCGCCUCCAAGACCUGUAAUACUAAAGAGAAGUUGUUUGGAGAGUUCCUGAGCUGGGACCUGGACGAGGCGGGGUCUCAGCUGCCUCUGAAGCCAGGCCAGUCUGUCACCCUCACCGUCAACAUCAAAGUCAGACUGGACUUCUCUGGAGGAGAGAACCUGCUACAGGACCUCAACGAUGAUGGGAUCAGUGUGACAGGCCUUCCCAUCUCCAGCCCCCUGAGACAAGUCCUCAAACCCCGGGCCGAGUCCAAGCCCCUGGGCAGCGAGUCCAGCAAGACAGACUACAACCACGUCAAGACGUUGGAAGCUGUGAUGACGUUUAAGUACUCGGGGGGAGCAGGCAAGGUGGAGGGCUACUAUCGGGACCUGUCCCUGGGAGUGCAUGUUAUCGUCAUGAACUCUGUGUUCUUCACCAGAGUCAAACUACCAGCCACCAGAACCCGUCAGUGCCACCUGCUGCUGGACGUGUUCAAUUCAACAGAACAUGAGCUGACGGUCAGCGCCAACAACAACCAGGACCUGGUGCUGCACGCCUCAGAGUGUCAGAGGAUGGCGAUCCAGGUGGAUAAGUUUGACUUUGACACUUUGCCCCAGCCAGACCAGGAGGCCGUGCGCUACACCAACCCCAAACUGCUGGAGGAGGAGAGGCUUCACGCCCAGGCCUCUAUGAUCAACAGCACCCUGGGCAUCACCUGGAACAUACCCUCUGUCCGUCGCCAGGGAGAGGCCAGUGUGGAGGGAGUCCUCAACCAGUUGGUCCUCGAGCACCUCCAGCUGGCACCGCUACAGUGGGGUGAGUACACAUGCACACACACACAGUGCCAUCUAUGAGAUGCUUGGCGUUA